GGGAGAGGGCCGGGCUGCCGCCGAGGCGACCUUCCUCCCUGCGCGGGGCGAGGCGGCAUGGCCGAGGCUCAGCAGCUCCGCGUGCAGGAGGCCAUCGACGGCAUGGUGCAGGGGCUGGAGCGGGAGAACAUCCGGAAGAUGCAGGUCGGGCCGCGCUUGGAGCGCACGUGGGGAUGCGCCCCGGGAAGGGCGGCGGGCCGCGGGAACUCGCUGCCUCAGGGCACCAGCCUAGGCUACACGAAUUCAUGGAGGAGGAGGGGGCUGUCGGGGGCUGCUAGCCAGGGAGGCAGCGAUGUUUCUGAACCCCAGUUGCUGGAACCGCAGGAGGGGAGGGUGCCCUUGUGCUCGGGUCCUCCUUGCGGGUUUCCCUUUGGGGCAUCGGGGUGGCCACUGGGAGAACAGGAGGCCCCUUUUGGCCUGAUCCAGCAGGCUCUCAAAUCAUCUGUGUUCAGAAAUGGGAGGGUACAUGCGAUGCAUAAUAGAUAUUGUGCUGAUUUUAGGUCCCUCCCUGGUGAUCUACUUGAAGGGGUCAGAGGGCAGAGAGGCAGGGUGCGGGUGGGUCUUCUGCAAUCCCCAAGCAACAGCCUUCCAACCUGAUGCCCGCCAGGUGCUUUAAACUACAACUCCCAUCAGCCGCAACAAGUGUGGCUGAACCAUUCCAGAUGGAAGCUGUAGUCUGCAAGUUCUGGAGGGCGCCAGGUUAGGCAGGCACCCCAGCAAGAAUGGGCCAUUAUUUGCCACAUUACUGUUAGAAUUCCUGCUCCAUGAUUGCAGUCAUGGGAUUGUUGUCUUUCACAUGACGGUGUAUGUUUUGACUUCACAAAGUGGGAAGUGAUGGAGAUAGGAUGUUUGUGUUACUGUGUUCCGUGAAGUGGGGCUAUUGUCCUUUUUUCUUUUUUCUUAGCGGCUUAGCGGCUAUUAGCGGCUAUUAACGGCUUAGCGGCUAUUAGCGGCUUAGCGGCUUUAAGAAAAAGGAAACAAACUUGCAAGCCCAUAGGGAAAUUCGUCUUGCGGAACGACUCAAAAAACGGAAAACUCUUUCGUCUAGUGAGUUUUUCGUCUUGCGAGGCAUUCGUCUUGCGGGGCACCACUGUAGUCCCUCUGCUCACCCUGUGACCCUACUGUUCCACAAGUUCCUUUCCAUUGGACUGUUUCUUUGAAAACUGGGCUACGGAGCAGGAUUUUCUUCUUCCCUGCUGCUAGAGAGAAUCUUGUGGACAAGAGAAGGAUGACUAAGUGGAACAACCAUGUUUAGAGGCAGUCCGCCUCUGAAUAUCAGUUGCUGGGGGGCAAACCGCGGAGGGCUGUCGCCCGCAUCCCUUGCUGCUUGUGAGCUUCCCAGGAGCGCCUGGCUGGCCACUGGCUGGGAAAAGAGGGUCGCAGGGCCAGACCCAGCGUGGCUCUUCUGUGGUUAUCUUACUGACACCUGGCUCUUUCCAGGGAAUCAUGUUCCGGUGCAGCGCGACCUGCUGUGAGAACAGCAAGGCCUCCAUGCAGCAAGUGCACCAGUGCAUUGAGCGCUGCCAUGCGCCUCUGGCUCAGGCGCAGGCAGUGGUCACCCAAGAGCUGGAGAGAUUUCAGGUGAGGAGAAAAGUGGGGGUGGGUGUAGGUGGAAGAGUAGCUGGUCAGUGGGAAGUUGGACUUUGGUCUCGAUCUGCCAGACCCUUCAGGGUUGCACUCUUAUCUUUCGAGAGGGCAAUGGUCUGGAUUGCUCAACCACCAGAUUCAUGUGCUUAGCAUCUUAAACAAAUGCACGUCUUGGGUCACAUUUGCAGCAUACAUUUGCAGCAGUAUCAUACCAGUUCAAACAGUCAUGGCUUCCCCCGAAGAAUUCUGGGAUCUGUAGUUUGUUUAAAGUGCUGAGUCGUUAGGACAGGCAUAGGCAAACCUGGCCCUCCAGAUGUUUUGGGACUACAGUGGUACCUCGGGUUAAGUAUUUAAUUCGUUCCGGAGGUCUGUUCUUAACCUGAAACUGUUCUUAACCUGAAGCACCACUUUAGCUAAUGGGGCCUCCCACUGCUGCUGCCACGCGAUUUCUGUUCUCAUCCUGAAGCAAAGUUCAGGUACUAUUUCUGGGUACUAUCCGAGGUACUAUUUCUGGGUUAGCGGAGUCUGUAACCUGAAGCGUAUGUAACCUGAGGUACCACUGUACAACUCCCAUGAUCCCUAGCUAACAGGACCAGUGGUCAAGGAUGAUGGGAAUUGUAGUCCCAAAACAUCUGGAGGGCCGAGUUUGGCAUGUCCAAAGUCUGUUUUGGAGGCCUAAUCCAGCCUGCUGGUUGGUUUAAUCUGGCCCCUGUGGCAGCUUAUUUCCUGGGGUAAAAUCCUAAAAAGAAACCUCAACAACCUCAAUCCUAAAAAAAGCUCAAUGACUUUGGGGUAAAAUCAGAAAACAACUUCAGUCCUUAAAAAACAACAACAAAUGGUUAAUAACUUUGGUCGGCCCUCACAGCCCUUUACUUCAUCAAAUCUGGCCUUCUGGAUACCUGUGUUAGGAGAACCCCUAUUCCCCUAGGAGAGCUACAGUUCCCAGAGUUCCCCGAGAAGUGGUCCACCCUGAGAAGUGUAGCACUGGGAGGGGACUAGGGGUGUCCCAACAACUCUCAGCCCCCUUGACAAACUACAGCACCCAGAAUUCGGGAGGGGGGGAGACAGGACUGUUUAAAGGGGUGAAUGUAGCCUUGAUUUAUUCCUGCAUUGCCAUUGCAGGGGGUUGAACUAGAUUACCUUUGGAGAUACCUUCCAAUUCUACAAAUCUAUUGUUGUUGUUGUUGUUGAAACAAUCAUUUAAAAGCUCUUUCAGAGUCCUGUUUGGAUGGCAGCUUUCAAGUUAUUUUGUUCCACUGAUGAAGGCUGUUAAUGUAACUUAUUCUUAGCCUUGCCCACCUCUGAUUUCUGUGUUUGUUUGUUUGUUUGUUUUGCUCAUUAUAGGACCGCCUUGCCCGCUGCACGAUGCAUUGUAAUGACCAAGCCAAGGACUCCUUAGAUUCAGGGAGCAAAGAGAAGCAGAUCAAACUGCAGCUGGACAACUGCGUGACAAAGUGUGUGGACGACCACAUGCACCUCAUCCCCAGCAUGACCAAAAAGAUGAAGGAGAACUUGGCCAGCAUUGCCCAGUAAACGCCCUGGCUUUGCGGAGGAACGGGAAAGGGAGAUAAUCAAUUAAAAUUAAGAUGGGCGUGAUUACCCUUUCUGGAAACAUAGAAAGAAAACAUGGGGUGUGUCCAGAGUGACUUUUUUAUGGUGUGAAUGUAUACUCAUGGCCUCCUGAAGUGCUUGAGAAUUUAGGGUUUGGUUUGGGAGAAAGGCUGCAGAUUGUCAGAUGGUGUAAAAGAAAACAGGCUCCUUUGGCAUCAGUGAUGUGUGUGUGCACAGACCCCUGUCAAACCCUUUUGUUCUGGUUCUUCCCCACCUUGUAGCAAAGUUGGUUGUGGGGAGGGGAAUCCGGAAGGUGCUACCUGGUGUCUCAACAAGACAGAGCUACUGGCUGUCCGCCUCUUUCUUAAGCUGCCUUACAAAUAUAGACACACAGAAGUUCUGUCUCUGUGGUCUCUUCGGAAGGAGAUGGUUUGAUAUUACAUUUUUUGAAAUAGCAGUGCUGAAACCAAACUGCCCCCAAAUAGGAAUUCCCCAAAGCUGAGGGGAUCCUUAUGCCUUCCACAGAAUCUAGUAUUAAUCCUUCUGGACAUUACCACUUCAGACUGCUUGUUCAAAGGCUUCCAGUGUGGAAGAAGAGCAAAUUGGAACCAUGCAUAUGGGGAAGGUUGGGAGAAGGUUAGGCUCAAUUUUUCUCACUGAAAUGCUAGUUUUCAGUGUGCAGGGGAAGUUCUACCGACCCAGUGAGGAAGGGGGCAUUUAUGACACCUCCCCACCAUGCAAAAUGCAGCCUGUAAAGCAAGCCACUUGGAUUUUGCUAAUUAAAUCAGAAAUGUGGCUUUCAAUGGAUUUUUAAACACCUCUGUGUGUUUUGUUUUGUUUUGUUUUGUUGGGCAUUGGAAUGACACGGCAACAUUUGUUUUUUUGUUUUUAUUGGGCACUCCUCACUCUGAAAGUCAGCCCCAAACUAAACACUUAUAAAACUUGAUUCUUAAAUUAAAACCUUGUAUUGUGGGGGGAAAUCCUUCGUUGGCCACAAAGCACCCACAGUCCUUCAACUCCCUUCUCUUCUUCCCUGCUCAAAGACCUUCAGCAAUUGUGAGGAACAUUUUCCCAGUGGAACCUACUGUGGGAUCCCAACCCAAGCAAAAUAAUUAUUCCAUCCUUUUUUUCAUUGGCAGCUAUUGACCUGUGUGCUGUAGAAGCAGUGAAUGUAUUGUGGUAAGGCAGGGGCAGCCAGCGUGGUACCCUUUGGAUGUUGUUGGACUACAGUUCCCAUUAGCCCCAGCCGAAAGGGUGAUGGGAGUUGUAGUCCAAAACAUCUGAAAGGCAGGCUGCCCCUGUACACUCCUGUGAGAUGUUACAAUAAGGCAUCUAGCAGACAAAGUUGUCCCUGGGAGGAAGUUCUCAUGGCUGCUUUUGCUAUCUUGUAAUAUUUAAAAUAACUUCAGAUAUAUGACUUUAAAGGUAUAUCAUGGUAAAGAGGAGGUAAGGUUAGGGGCCAACAGCUUUUUGUGUCUUCCUCUAAGGGGUGCAGGGAACUGUAGAGGGCUGGAGUGCUGUAAAAUUUGGAUGGAGAAGCUUUGAAGACUCAAGUGUCACGUUCAGGUUUAUGCAUAACAAUUCUACUAAAAGAUGUCAGUGGGACAAGUACAAUGUGGCAUAUAAAAGCCCCACCUGGCUCCUCAGCAAGCGAAACAAUAAUUCCUACCCUUGCAUUGAAAACAUACUUUUUUGUUUAAUGCAUUAUAUAUGUGAUAAAAUUUAUGUGUGCUGAUCAACAGUAUUGCUGCAGUGUUGAAACAGUUUCUCCUCAAUUGCGUCUGAAUUCUGUAACAAUUUUAAUUAGGGUUUGGAUUCCCUGCUGCAGAACCAACUAGCACUACAUCCUUCCAAUCCAAUAGUAAUGUUUCCCCCUUCGGAUGUAGGAGGUAGAGCUGUGAGUGCUUGGAUUAGGCCCAACAACCAGAAAAAUGCUGACCAGCAAACAGCAUUUAUUGUGAAUGUGGGUGUGCUCAUUCCAACAACAAUGACCCUUUGGGGCUGCAGGAAUACUGUUCCAAGAAUUAACAAAGCCCCAGCCCCCUAUUUCUGCCUUCCUUUCUUUAAACUGUGAAUUAUUUUCUUAAGGUUGAAUUAAAAAUGGUUUUUAAAAAUGAAAA